CGGGGCGUGGCCUCCCGCAGGUGAGUCCAGUGGCGCCUCCGGUUUCCCAGAAACCUCUCCCGCCCGGAUGAGGAGCGCAGAGGCUCCGAUUAGGGGCGGGUGAGCAGCUGACUUUCUCUUGGUGCGUCCAGUAGAGCUCUGAGUUUCGAAUCCGUGGCGGCGGAUCCCCCGAGCGCCCUGCGUCUGGGUCUGGGAAGAUGCGGAACCCAAGCGCGGCGUGGCUGCUGCGGGCCGCUGUCCUGCUGGCGGCCUCUGUCUCCUGCAAUGGCACUAUCCAAGGAGGCAAUAGAUCCUCUAAAGGAAGAAGUCUUAUUGGUAAGGUUGAUGGCACAUCCCAUGUCACUGGAAAAGGAGUUACAGUUGAACCAGGCUUUUCUGUGGAUGAGUUUUCUGCAUCUGUCCUCACUGGAAAACUGACCACCGUCUUCCUUCCAAUUGUCUACGCCAUUGUCUUUGUGGUGGGUUUGCCAAGUAAUGGCAUGGCCCUGUGGGUCUUUCUCUUCCGAACUAAGAAGAAGCACCCUGCUGUAAUUUACAUGGCCAAUCUGGCCUUGGCUGACCUCCUCUCCGUCAUCUGGUUCCCCUUGAAGAUUGCCUAUCACAUACAUGGCAACAACUGGAUUUACGGGGAAGCUCUUUGUAAUGUGCUCAUUGGCUUUUUCUAUGGCAACAUGUACUGCUCCAUUCUCUUCAUGACCUGCCUCAGUGUGCAGAGGUAUUGGGUCAUUGUGAACCCCAUGGGGCACUCCAAGAAGAAGGCAAACAUUGCCAUCGGCAUCUCCCUGGCAAUAUGGCUGCUGAUUCUGCUGGUCACCAUCCCAUUGUAUGUUGUGAAGCAGACCAUCUUCAUUCCAGCCCUAAACAUCACGACCUGUCAUGAUGUUUUGCCUGAGCAGGUGUUGGUAGGAGACAUGUUCCAUUACUUCCUCUCUCUGGCCAUUGGGGUCUUUCUGUUCCCAGCCUUCCUCACAGCCUCUGCCUACGUGCUGAUGAUCAGAAUGCUGCAAUCUUCUGCCAUGGAUGAAAACUCAGAGAAGAAAAGGAAGAGGGCCAUCAAACUCAUUAUCACUGUCCUGGCCAUGUACCUGAUCUGCUUCACCCCUAGUAACCUUCUGCUCGUGGUGCAUUAUUUUCUGAUUAAAAGCCGGGGCCAGAGUCAUGUCUAUGCCCUGUACAUUGUAGCCCUCUGCCUCUCCACCCUCAACAGCUGCAUCGACCCCUUUGUCUAUUACUUUGUUUCACAAGAUUUCAGGGAUCACACAAAGAACGCUCUCCUUUGCCGAAGUGUCCGCACUGUAAAGCAGAUGCAAGUAUCCCUCACCUCAAAGAAAUACUCCAGGAAAUCCAGCUCUUACUCUUCAAGUUCAACCAGUGUUAAGACCUCCUAUUGAGUUUCCCAGGUCCUCCGAUAGGAGCUGCACAGUAGGAUGUGGAGCCUAUUUAAUGUUUUGGGGACGUGUCUGUUAUUUCCUAAGCAAACGGGUCUCACCACAUACCAUGUGGAUGCAGCACCUCUUAGGAUUGCUAGAAGCUCCUCUGUUUGCAUGAUAGAAAUAGUCCCCCAGAUUAACAUUGGUGUCUAUUUCAAAAUUCCCCUACUCAUAUGUCCCCAGAAACUGAACCAACAGAAGCAGACUUUUCAGAAGAUGGUGAAGACAGAAACUCAGUAACUUGCACAAAGUAGAUGCAGUGUGAAGACUCACUUCUCAGCUGAAAUUAUAUACACAUACAUAUAUAUAUAUUUUACAUCUGGGGUUGUGAUAGACUUGUUAAGGCUUCAGUAACUUCAGAGAUGAUCAGUCCAAUUGAAUGACCUUACAAAUGAGGAAACUAAGAUAAAGGAGCUGCCAGAAUCAGAUUUCCAUUCAUCAGAAUCAUUACGGAUCUUGGCUAGGCGCGGUGCCUUGUGCCUGUAAUCCCAGCACUUUGGGAGGCCAACGCAGGCAGAUCACUUGAGGUCAGGAGUUUGAGACCAGCCUGGCCAACAUGGUGAAACCUCUUCUCUACCAAAAAUAAAAAGUUAACUGGGU